CCACCUCCAUACAUCUCUCCAUCUCUGCUACAGUCAUCAAUCUGUGUCUCAUUUCACUCAGUUUCAUUCUGAAGACACCUUAUAUUAGAUGCUGGUCUGGUCUUUAGAGUAACAUCUGUUGCUUGAUCAUUUGGCCAUAUUACAUCAUUUUAUCGGACUUCAUUAAAGGCACCUGACCAAAGAGAAAAGAGAUCUUCUAGGUAUAAUUAUAUACAAAAAAAUCUUUUGGACUUGAAGAAGAAUUAGUACUUGCUUGAACCUGCCUGUGUUUUCAUCAACUCUCAAAAAUGGGAAACGCCAAAAGCAGCGCUAUGUCCAAGGCGAUUUUGGAGGACCUGAAACUUAACACCAGAUUUUCAGAAGAAGAGCUGUCACAGUGGUAUGAGAAUUUUCAGAAGCAGUGCCCAUCCGGCAGAAUCACGCCCGCCGAGUUUACAAAGAUCUACGAGCGGUUCUUCCCAGACAGUGACACCGCGUGUUACGCCCAGCAUGUCUUCCGCUCAUUUGAUACAAACGAUGAUGGGACACUGGAUUUCAAGGAAUACAUCAUUGCUCUCCAUAUGACGUCAACUGGAAAGACAGAGCGUAAACUGGAGUGGGCUUUCUCACUCUUUGAUGUUGACAAGAAUGGCUAUAUCACCAAGGCAGAAGUGAAGGAAAUCUGCCAGGCCAUCUUUAAGCUGAUCCCCAAAGACGAACAAGAGAAUCUUCCAGAUGAUGAAAACACUCCAGAAAAAAGAGCAGACAAACUGUGGUCUUUCUUCGAUAAGAAAGAUAAUGAACGGCUGGCUGAGGGUGAGUUUAUUCAGGGCAUUCUCGACAAUGAAGAUGCUCUUCACUUUAUUCAGUAUGAGCCCCCAAAGUAAGAAAAAUAAAGACAAUCAAAUAAUAUUUUUGCUUUCAUGCCACUUUCUCUGCCAAUGUGCUUUUCUUUCAUUUUUCAUUUUGUUUUGUUGUAACCUUCAUCCAGCUUUUAAUCUGUUUCUAUUCUUGCAUCAGUGCUACAAUCUCUUUGUAAAUAUCACCCAAAGACCCAUUACCUCCAGUGUAUUUUAAAGGAGUACUGGCAUGAGAGAAGUGGCAGAAUACAUUAUAUUUAUUCUUUACAAUGCCUAUAAUUAUGACUGAUAGUGAGGCAUGUCUUUUGGGAGUAUAAUAAUGUGUAAAACAUUUAGACUACGAUCUCAGAUGAUUUUAAUGAUGCUCAGUGCACCCUCUCAAGUUCUUAAGCAAAUACAUCUAAAAUGUCUUCAAUUUGAAGAAAGUCAAACAAGCAAAAUCUUAAAUUUUCUGUUAUUAUUCGUGUGACACAAUUAAAGUACAUAUCGAGCCGAUACAGCUACGAGAUUGUGUUGGAAUUAAAAAACACCAGGAAAUUAAACAAUAACUUUUGUCAUUUGUAUUACGCAAACCUUUGUUCCCAUGAGAAUUUGUGUGCUGUUGAAUAAAACUGAAACUGAAAAACA